ACCAAGAUGGCGGAUUAACGUUCUGUGGCUCCCUGAAGAUUGUUUCAAUUUUACGAUCAAACAGUUUCAUAGACUCACAAAGACUCGCCUUUUCCUAGAACAGAUUAAACGGACCUUUGAGUUCGGAGCGAUGGAGUGAAGUGAAGAUUGAAGACGUGAUAGAAGAUGGACGACUACUGCUAUGCUAAGAUGGCGACGUCCGCUAAAAGAGAACAUGAAAGAGAAUCAGCGCCACCAACUUCCAGCAAAUCACCAACGGAGAUAAAGACGAAAGAUGAAGACGUCCAGCAGAUGAUUGGUCAUUCAGAUGAACAUGGGGGCUCCACUUUGAAGCAAGAGUCUCCAUGGACCCCCCACAUUAAAGAGGAGGAGGAAUUAUGGAUAACGGAGGAAGCUGAUCUCACCAAGUUGCCACUGACUGUUGUCUCUGUGAAGACUGAAGAUGAUGAAGAGAAACCACAAUUCAACAACCUCAUAGCUCCACUGUCAGAUAGUGAGGCUGAAGACGAGGUUGAAGAACAUUUGAGCAGCGACACAGACUGUGAAGGUGAUAUGAGGACUGACAAAAACUUGGGAUGCUCUAAAAAGAAGUGUGGUACAAAAUGUUUCACCUGCUCAGUUUGUGGUAAAAGCUUUACUCAAAAGAACACUUUGACUGUACACAUGAGAAGUCACACAGGAGAAUACCCAUUUGGUUGUUCAGUUUGUGGUAAAGGAUUGAGUCGUAAAAUUGAUUUGACUCGACACAUGAGGGGACACACUGGAGAGAAACCAUUUAAAUGUUCAGUUUGUGGUAAAAGUAUUUCUCAAAAGGCCGACUUGACAGUACACAUGAGAACACACACAGGAGAGAAACCAUUUAAAUGUUCAAUUUGUGGUCAAACGUUUUCCCAAAGUGCCCAUUUAACUGUGCACACGAGAACACACACAGGAGAAAAACCGUUUAUGUGUUCAGUUUGUGGUGAAAGAUGUUCUCUUAGGAGCAGUUUGACAGCACACAUGAGAACACACACAGGAGAAAAACCAUUCGAUUGUUAUGUUUGUGGUAAAAACUUUGCCCGUAAACAACAUUUGACUGCACACAUGUACACACACACGGGGGAAAAAACAUGUAAUUGCUCAGUUUGUGGGAAAACUUUUUCUCGCAAGGAAAGAUUGACCGGACACAUGCGAACGCACACUGGAGAAAAACCAUUUAAAUGUUUAAUUUGUGGGAAAAGCUUUUCUCUCAAGGCUCAUCUCACAGGGCACUUGAGAAGACACACCGGAGAAAAACCCUUUAUUUGUUCAGUUUGUGGCAAAAGCUUUUUUUCCAGGCGAGGUAUGAGCCAACACACAUUGAAACACACAAUUGACAAAAACAUGUAAGUGUUUCCCACAUUGUAUAAGAAAGAUGCGAGACAAUAACAAAUAUGUUAAAACACAAGAACACGCGCGAGAGAAAACAUUUAAUUAUUUGACUCAUAUUAUGUUCAAGAUAUGGUGAAUGUUUAUAUUCAACUUGGAUAAAGCGAACCACCAGGUUUAAGUAAAUAAUGGUUGAGUCCAUAAUAAAUUUAGUAGCCUUAGUUGGAUAUUCGCAUAUAGACCGGGGUAACUCUCUCAAGAGAAGAGGCAAUAAAUUCAGACUUCGUAAUGUAAAAGUGAUAGCUCCAUCCUGGAGGAGAGACUCCAUGUCUAUCUUCACGUCAACUUCUAAGUUACAACAUAUAGAGGUUGUUUUCUGGUCACUUACACAUGAACAUAUCCUUACAUGGUCAGGUUGUACUCUUACUGAAUUAACACACGCCCAACAGAGAAAGAAGGAAUAUAAGAGGGUGGUUCUGCUCCUCCAAUUUAGGAGUCCUUCAUUUUUGACCUCAGCUCCUCCAGGUACUGCAGACCUGUAUAAUGACGCUCGCUUGUAAUAAAGCAACUUUUUGUUUAGCAAAGCAUGUCCGACAUCUCCUUUGAUCCAGCCGCACUGUCGUGUUGCCCUUCAGCCCGGGAGGGGGGUGACAAGACCAGAAAUACACAUCAAUGUUAAAAGCUAUACUAAAAAUAAAAAAAUGUUUAACCCUAUGUGAACGCACAGGAGAAAACCCCUUUAUUGUCAAAGUUUAUAGCAAAAGCUAUCUCUGUAUAUCAGGUGUGUCAAACGUACGGCCCGAGGGCCGGAUCAGGCCCGCAAACAGGUUUUAUCCGGCCAGCCGGAUGAGUUUGCAAAGUAUAAAAAUUAACCUGAAUUUUUUUAAUGAA